AUGUGGAAUCGAGCGUCCAGCUACGUAGCUGGGACUAUAAGCCUAAGGCAUGACGCCCGCAAGACGACGGCUAAUGAGUACUCAGCCGAGUGCUCAGACGAGGAGGCUUCAUCAGUUGGUAGCAGGGAAGAGGGUCUGGAGUGCCCCAUAUGCUGGGAGUCAUUCAACCUUGUUGAGAACAUACCCUACGUCCUGUGGUGCGGGCACACCCUUUGCAAAAACUGCAUCCUGGGCCUGCAGUGGGCUGUCGUCAAAUUCCCGACUUUGCCCCUCCAACUCCCCCUCUUAAUAUCCUGUCCAUGGUGCAACCUACUAUCCCUCCGCCUCGUCUACCGCGGGAACCUUAAAUUCCCACGCAAGAACUUCUUCCUUCUGUGGAUGCUUGAGAGCAUGAAUGGGGACAGAGUGAAAACCCACUCGUUCGGUGCCCCCGGGAGGGAGCAUUUCAUCCAUCGCUCGCACGACUCUGAUCGUGAUGACACCCAUCAUCACUUUAUUGAUGAUAAUUAUAAUUACUUUUCCCUUGCCAGGCUGCACGUGUCCCUCAGGAAACCGCUCGUGUUCGUUUUGCACUUGACGGCCAAGUUCCCACUCGUCAUUAUCUUUCUCCUCAUCAUUCUGUACGUGAUACCUGCGAGUGCGGCUCUUUUGGCGCUCUACGUGCUCAUUACCCUUGUCUUUGCUCUGCCCUCGUUCCUCAUUCUCUACUUUGCAUAUCCAUGUUUGGAUUGGCUUGUGAGGGAGAUCAUCACGUGA